AUGAUCCUGAAGGCGGAGGCGGCCGCGCAGAUCGAGAUGAGGGGCCUCGACUCGAUGAAGUCCCAGCUGCUCGCGAAGGCGACGGAGGUCGGAGCCCGCGCGACGCCGGGCAUGGCCAACCCUUCGCUCAAGCUCUCGAUUCGCAAGGCGAUCAUCCAGAGGCGCGCGCGGGAGCCGACCGACUACAUGGGCUUCGGGAAGCGCGGCGCUUUGACGCACCGGCAGGUCUUGAGCCAGCACCCCACCUGCGCGACCUGGUGCCAGGCGGAGGUGAACGCCGGGGGGAGCUGGGAGCUGGCCAGGUUUGCCCCAUGGCCCAACGAGGUGGUCCGCACGAGGCAGGAGAUGACCAGGGACCCCGGCGAGGUCUCGAAGGAGACGAUGGGCGCGACGAUGGAGGACGAGCUCGAGGGGCAGGAGAAGCUGGGGGCCGCAGCCCCGGAGGAGAAGAACACCGACCAGUUAACAGCAGCAGAUGCUGACCGCGCUGAGCCAGCUCAGCCAGCGACUGGAGAAGAUCGAGGGGCAGCCAAGCUCAACGAGCUCCACCGCCGAGAGCUUCGUUCCAGCGAGUUCCAGUCAGAGCGGCCCGGUCGAGGCCUGAACUACACGAAAGAGUUAGACCCCAUAAGCUGCGUUGGCUCGCAAAGUGCAUCAAGGAGACCGGCCAUGCUGAGCGCCUGGAAUGGCCGCAAGCUCGGGGCCCCAGCUGGGAACCAGAAGGCCAGGGAGGCACGUGAUGACGCUGAGCCUGACCACCUGUGGGUCAGCGUGCGGCGUGGGGCCCUGUCCAACCUCGCCCUCUGCUUCAACGGCAAGGCCGAGGCCGCCGGGAAGCGCAUGCCCCAGGCGAUCAAGGAGUACAAGGCCGCUGUGCAGCUGGUGCACGACCAGGCGACGCAGGGCAAGCACGCGCGCUGGGAGUGGCCCAUCAAGUGCGAGGGCUGGGGCCACGCGAUGAUCAGGCAUAUGGUCGAGGACUGCUCGACGACGGUGGUCGAGGUCGCGGGGCGCCAGCUUGGGGCGAAGAACGACAAGGGUCAGCCGCUGCUCCAGGAGUUGCUGAUCGCCACAACGUCCCCGAAGAUGGCGGCGAGGAUGUCCCCGGAGUGCCUGGGGGAUCGCCGGCGCGGCGAGCUCGCCGGGGGCGGGCCCGCAGCCGCCGCGAGCAACUACUCGAACGAGUUCGCGAAGAGGACUGUCCGGGCGAUGAUCGAGGAGGCCCCCCCCCCCCCAGAUAACCGCGAGUUCCUGAGGUGUUUGGCGGAGCCCGAGGCGCCAGAAGGACAGGCGCUAGCUGCUGGAAGAGGAAAGACGCCAACAGGCGCGGGCCACAACUCGAAGGAGCACCAGCAGAUCAUGCGCUGGCUGACCUCGGUGCACCGGGGAUCGGGCCACAGUUCCAAGACCGCCAUGCUGAACGCACUCAGGCGGAAGGGCGCGAGCCCACUGGCGCUGCAGGUGGCUCGGGACUUUCACUGCGACGCGCGCGCGGAGGCGAAGCAGCGCCGCCCCGCGCAUCCGCCGGUCAGCCUCGAGGUCAUCCCCCCGACGUGGAAGCGCUUCCAGGCCGACCAGUUCGAGUGGGGGCACCCCCGCCAGAAGACAAAGUUAACGUUCCCGCUGACCAUCGACGAGAUUUGCACGGCGCGGGUCAGCAAGCUGCUCUGCCACAUGCUGGGCGAAGACCGGCACCGCAGACCAGUCUGGGCCGACCUCGAGAGCUUCUACGAGGAGCGAUGGGUGCCAUACUUUGGGAAACCCCAGAAAAUCAAGGUGGGCCCCGAGGCGAUCCAGGCCACAAAAGGGACGAUGGACCGGCCAGUCGCGGAGAGCCCCGAGAUGUCCACCGAGGAGGCCUUGGCCAGGGCGGUCGCAGCCGGGAGGCAGGUCUACACGCGGCGCAUCAGCCGGGCCGAGAACACGAAGAACCAGACGCUGAAGUCCGCGGCGCCAGGCAUGCGGGCGCGCUACUUCCGCGCGCAGAAGGGCGAGACCAAGGGCCGCUUCAAGGGGCUCGCGAGGGCGCCGGCCGCAGAGACCCCCCGCCCGGUGGACGGCGACCUGGGGCAGAACGAGAGCCUGCGCCCGGGGUGCCUUGGGCCAGUGGUCUGGCUGGUUCGGGCAGGCCGCAUCAUCGAGGUGGACCUGUCCCAGGCCCGGGCCGGCUCUGCCCGCGAGAUCGCGCGCGCCGAGCUCAUGGGGGCGGCGCGGCAGGAGCACCUGGACUUCACCGGGCGCGACCCCGCGGAGCACGACGCGGAGUUCGCCACCCGGGAGGGGGCGCCUGAUCCAGCACCGCCUCUGAAGAGGGCUCGCGCGACUGAGCCAGCCGAGAACGAGGGCCCCAAGGAGCCACCAAGGGGCCGCCCUGCCCCUCCAGGGCGGAUGCAGUUCAAGAAGGGGCAGCACCUUGGAGGCACCGCGGGCUGGGCCAGGACGUCGAGGGCAGCAGUCGCCGAGAAGAACUUGGAGGAGCAGGCUGCGCUCAUGGCCAAGGCGACCCCCGAUGCCCGGGCCUUCUGGGCGCGGCAGGGGGCGCCCCUGGAGCUUCCGUUCGCCGGAGAGGCCCCGAAGCAGGCCACGAGACACAUGAGCACCUCCAUGGCGAGUCAGCUGGGGAAGGGCAAGCGCGAGAUCUCGGAGCGGACCCUCACCCCGGACGAGUUGAAGAGGCGUCGGGGCCGAGAGAUCCUUCGCGGGCCCGACGGGCUCUGGCUCGUCUUCGGCGUGCGCGGCGGCCCGUUCGCCAGCGAGUAUUCGGGAGCCGAGGGCGUCCGCUUUGAAGACGGACAGCAUUGGCUGUUCGGCGAUUCUGGGCGCUUCCCUGGUGAGCUCGAUCAGCUCACUGUGCGAAGAUCGUUGGCGGCACUGCGAGGUAAAGCUUGUCGCGGUAUUCUGGCGCAUAGAGCUGCAACGUGCAUCGAGUUGCUUAAGGCCAUCAAUUGCACUCGAUCUGGUUGCGUGCUAGGCUUUGCUUUCGAGUACGGCAUGUCUAAGUUGAGGGCUGGGCUGAACGAGCGGAAGGUAGCGCAGCUCGCGAUGGAGCUUGCGGUUGGGAGGGCCAGGUCGAAGCGGCUCAGAAUUCGCACGUGUAAGCUCAAGACCAAAUUGCACCAGAGUAGCCGGGCCAUCCAGAGUGCGCUUGCACACGGCAGCGAUCAAGCAACGUUGGGCAACCAGGGGGCAGCGGACGCAGAGAGCGAUCCUGACUUCGAAGUGUUGACCUGGGCAUGCCUGUACCCAGCGCCCAUGACGCCUGCCGUCGCGCCGAUCUUGCGCCUCUGCAGCCACUGCUGGGACAAGGGUUGUCGUGAUAGCGCUUUGGCUCGGUGCUCUAGUUUCGACGCGUUCUUGGCUGCUCACGCACCAGAGUUCCAAGCCAUGGCGCCUCCAAAGUCGAAGCAGCACGAUGUCGCAGAGGAUGGCACGCAGCCGCCCUUUGAGCCAGACGCGCUCGAGAUGUUCCCAUCGGGCGAGACCCAAUGUGAAGGGCCGCCCGACUCCCUCACGGACUCCACGGUGCCAGAAGACUACGCCAACACCAUUCCAGCUGAAGUGCUGCAGCGUCGCCGCUCGCUAGAGCCAGCCCGCCCAGAGAAGAUGGUCAAUAUCCCAUCGCCAACGCCAGGGACAGCAGGCAGUGCCUCAUCGGGGCAGGCCGCGCCACCUCCAGUUGCGCGCUUCGCCGAUGUGGCGAAGAAGCUCAGCGAGGCUCCGACGCCGCAGUACUCGUUCAAGAAGGAGCUCGCGGCAGCAGCGGCCAGGACGAAAAUAACCGCGGAGGAGCUGAUCAUGACGGCAGCGCCCCGCUGGGACAGGUGGGAGGACGUCCCGGUUGGCAUCCAGCAGGGCUUCAUCGACAAGUUAGGCUCGAGGUUCCCAGUGAAGUUGGGGGAGCUGCCCGUCGAGAGCACGAACUACAAGGUAUUUUUCGAGGGAGCGCCGCAGCACGUGGUUGAUAAAAUGAACCAGGACUUCGAGCUCGACCGUCCCGCUUGGCAAGAACGCAUCCGUCCUUGGAUCGACCCUGCCAAGAUCGCGAGGGACAGCGCCAGGGAGGUGACCAAGAGGUUCUUCACCGUGACAGAGACGAAAUCGAAAGAGACUCAGAAGGGGAUCGAUGACGGCAUUAUCGUCGUUCGGACGGAGUUCAUGGCGUUCGAGGGGUUCUGGCACAGGAAGACAGAUGAGGAGAGCACGCUUGAGUUUGAACGGAUUCACGCAGAGCAGAAUGGCAAGUACGACGUGACGUGGGCGGAAGACGGCGAGGUGAAAGUUCUGCAGAAGAUAGCUACGAAGGACAUCGGCCGCAUCAGGACGUCCAAAGGCGAGUCCAAGUCCAAUUGUAGCAUGCAGGUGGAGAUGGAGACGUCUGCGUUCGAUGCGGAGGUGAAGCGCAGGCGCCUCAUGGCGAAGUCGUCGGUUUCUGCUUCGUCCUGCGACGGUCGAAUGCCGCCGUCGCAUGUUCCGACCAACGCCCGCUCAGCCGAGCACUACCUGACCUUCGGCGACAGCCGCUCCAGGGCCGACAGCGUGGACACCUUGGACGCCUCCACGGUCGGCGUGGCGACGUCGCCUCGCGAGGCGCUUCGGGAAGCUGAGGCUACAGACACAAGCAAGGACGGCGCGAAGUUGAAGAAGGGGGCGCCGUCUGAGACGGGCGGCAAGACCAAGCUCUUCAAACCCAAAUCGGAUAUCAACAUUGACGACGCCCCCAGGGAGCGCGUCGCGCCGACGAUGGAGGACAUCGAGAAGAUGGAGCCCGUCGUGUUCAUGGAGGUGAAGCGGCACUGGAGUGAGAUGGCGUCCCACGUGCACGCCGGUUUCAUGGCUACUGGGUCGGGCUACGUGUCUCAGCUCAGGGCCGCCAGCGACGCCGUGGGCAACGAGGCGCAUAACGACCUUGACAUGCCGACCGACGAGCUGAUCAAGAGCAUCAGCAGUAUUGCGCAGGAGAUUCAGAUCGACGAGAUCGAGAAGACGAAGAGGCAGGUGCAUACUCAGUUGGACGGCCUUCGGUAUCUCAACGAGAAGGGCGGGCACGACAAGCAUAUCGAGUACAUGAGCCACUACAACAAGCGCAUCAAGAUAAUGCGCAGGCUGAUGAAAUGCAAUUUCUCGAAGGAGCUCGCCGACAACAUCUCCAGGGCGAUCUGCUCCAUGAGGGGGGACGCCGAGAAGAAGUCCUUGGUCAGCGAGCCCUGCGCCAAGGGCGGCAAGCUGAGGAAACCUCUGCUGUUCCAGGGCUCCGUGGCACUGAAUGGCAGCAGCGUCGACCCCUUCGAGAUCACGGCGUGGAGCGAUCCAAAUUCUGAGGUGCACAAUGCGGUCUCCAGGAUGAUUCAGGCUAACUCCGAAGCCAUCGAUAUCAAGAUCAAGGUUCACGACAGCUCAUUCGACACCAAAGGCCAGAACUGGCUAGGCUGCCUGGGUCGCGUGAAGAGCGACUGGGUGGUUACCGACGUGGAGACGUUGGGCGACGGCUACUUCGAGCUCUGUACGGGUGGUGUACCGCCGUGGUUGAUGACGAUCAAGGCCGAUUGCCCUCGCUGGGGUCCAGCGCCCGUUCCUCUCGUGGGCUUCGAGCGCAUAGUGAUUGCACGCGCGAAGGAUGCCCACAUCAUGUGCCGCGAGGCGGCGACAGUUCUGCAGAAUGGCGCGUCGCUCAAGGUCUUCUUGAAGUUCGCGGAGACGGAAGAGGGCAGCAGCGGCAUCCAGGGCUCGACGAUUAUCCGUUUGACGAUUGGUGAGAUUCUGCACGCGCCGACGGGCGCGAUGAUCAUGCCUUUGCACCGCCCGCUGGAGCUCCAGCAGGCGGUCAGCCAGAAUGUGGCUCGUGCGAUUUCGAACUACAACGCAGAGUACCUCGCGGCGCAGGCCGCGGGAUCAUCCAUGUACAAGGAGAAGGCAGCGGCGUUGGGCCGCGGCGCAGUGACGUGGCCUGGAGAGUGCCCAGACACCACUGAGGUGAACAACUACGUCAUAACCUCGGCCCUCGAGACCCUGCCGCCCGGAGCCGCGCCGCCACCCGAGGAGGUCACGCGGACGAGGCACCUGGUGCUGCAGAUGAUGGCGCGGCUCGGCUUCGCGGGCUACAGGGCUGACGUGACCGGAGCGUUCACCCAGAACCGCGAGAUCCAGCACAACUUGUUCGCGAUGCCCGUGAAGGAGUUGGCCGCGGCAGCCAUCGAGUGGUUCGCGACGGUGAGCGAGGCAUUCGAGGAGUUCGGCUGGACCCAGACGAAGAUGGACCCGCGCGUCUGGGUGCUGCGCGGCGACGCGCGCGGCCGGGAUAACAGCUUCACCAAGGAGGCGCUGCAGGGAUUCACUGACCUCGACAUCGUGGCGAUCGCCGGGUCACGCGUGGGCGACUUCCUGCUGGGCUGCAAGGGGUCCGACCCGCGAUGGGCCAUGGCUCGAGAGCAGAUCCAGGGGCGCUUCAAGUGGUAG